UUAUCCUUGUCUCAAGUGAUCAUCUUGAUGAGGGUUUACACAUUGUGGGACUACAGGAAGCAUGUCCUUAGGAUCCUUAUGGUCGGCUUCAUGAUAACAUACAUGACAUCUCUUGCAUUUGGCAUCAAGACUGCAGUAGAUGUUGUCGGUGCGUUCAGGACCAAUGUAUUCUACCACACGUGCAUAGUCAUGCAUAGACCCAGGUUUCUUCCUGCCAUAUGGGCAUCACAGGCUGUGUUUGAUCUCCAUGUCUUUUUGGCCACAGUACUGAAUGCAGCUGAGCGGCCAUUCCGCGUGCAGAGUGAGUUGGUGUCUAGCCUGUACCGUGAUGGCUUGUAUUACUUCAUU